AGCUGCGAGGACGCGGGCCGAGCCGGAAGUGGAGUGCGCUGCGGCGCGAGCUGGGCCGGCGGGCGUGGUUCGACAGCGCGCAGAGUCCAGACGGGCGGCAGGGCCCGAGGGGCCGACCCGCAGCGUCCCUGGUCUCUCCAGCCCUCACUCGGAACCGCACGUGAGGGCAAAUCCGCCCCGGUGGCUGGCUUAGCACGCGGGGACAGCCCCUCCGAGGCCUCCCUGGCGGUGUGGGCGAGAGGGCGUCCGGGUCGGGGGAAGCACGGAAAGGUGGCUUCGCGAGGCUGUUGUGGGGGGCGGGACGGGCAGCCUGGCGAUGCCUGGACAUGGUUGGUGGCCAAAAACAUUUAUCGAAAGAUAGCUUACCCACUUAGAUGGCGAGGAUACCGACAAGCAAGUCUUCGCCCGUAAGCAGUGGCUCACGCCUAUAGUCCAGGGAUGCCGAGGAGGGAGGAUCGCUUGAGUCCAGGAGUUGGAGGCUGCAGUGAGCCGUGAUCGCGCCACUGCACUCCAGCCUGGGCGACAGAGUGAGACCCUAUCUCUAAACAAAAGAAAGAACGUCUUCAAGCAUGGAGCCAUGAAGCUGGAUUUGGCUUUCUGUCGCUCUCUCUACAGGGUACAGGUGAAAGGGGGCAGACCCCUCAUCAUGCUUUCCAGGCAUCUGCCACUUCCCAGGAAUUGUCUCCCUGGAUAAACAAGACAGUGACAAUACCCUCCCCUCCCUUGGGCUGGACCCCUCUCUACAGCUAGGAGCCAAUGGCAGAAGACAAAACCAAACCGAGUGAGUUGGACCAAGGGAAGUAUGAUGCUGAUGACAACGUGAAGAUCAUCUGCCUGGGAGACAGCGCAGUGGGCAAAUCCAAAGUCAUGGAGAGAUUUCUCAUGGAUGGCUUUCAGCCACAGCAGCUGUCCACGUACGCCCUGACCCUGUACAAGCACACAGCCACGGUAGAUGGCAAGACCAUCCUUGUGGACUUUUGGGACACGGCAGGCCAGGAGCGGUUCCAGAGCAUGCCUGCCUCCUACUACCACAAGGCCCACGCCUGCAUCAUGGUGUUUGAUGUACAGAGGAAGGUCACCUAUAGGAACCUGAGCACCUGGUAUACAGAGCUUCGGGAGUUCAGGCCAGAGAUCCCAUGCAUCGUGGUGGCCAAUAAAAUUGAUGCAGACAUAAACGUGACCCAAAAAAGCUUCAGUUUUGCCAAGAAGUUCUCCCUGCCCCUGUAUUUCGUCUCGGCUGCUGAUGGUACCAAUGUUGUGAAGCUCUUCAAUGAUGCAAUUCGAUUAGCUGUGUCUUACAAACAGAACUCCCAGGACUUCAUGGAUGAGAUUUUUCAGGAGCUCGAGAACUUCAACUUGGAGCAGGAAGAGGAGGACGUGCCAGACCAGGAACAGAGCAGCAGCAUCGAGACCCCAUCAGAGGAGGCGGCCUCUCCCCACAGCUGAGGGGCUGGGGCUAGGGGUGGGUGGAGCCCUUUUAAAAUACCCUUCCCUUCAACAGCUCUCCAGCUCUGAAUGGAGAAACUCUCUAGGCCAUCCCCUCUUGUACCUCCUGCAACCCACCCAUCCUAUUAGCCUCCCACAUUCAAGGCCCGUGAUACAGGGAUGAGGUCAGCCCAGCAAACUCUGGACUGGUGGAAGAAUUCCCCACCAGAUCUCCUUGAAGCAGAAUUAGGGAUCAGCAUCAUUAACACCUUCCCCACCCCCUCCCCCCAGGCAGACAGUGAAGAGAAUCAGAAAACAUGAUUAUGUGUCACUUUAAUACAGGAAAUUUAGGUGUUUUUUGGUGUUUUUGUUUUUGUUUUUGUUUUCUUUCCAAAGCUCACCUCGGGGACAAUUCCUUGUGCUUCUGCUGAGGUAAUGAUUACCCCCCCACCCACAGCUGAGUCUGUGAGGCCCCAUCCUUUCCCUACGUUUUCUCCCAUCUUUUUUCCUCUUCAGUCUCCCAAUCAUCCGGUUUGUUUGUUUCUUUGUUCGUUCUGAGACGGAGUCUCGCUCUGUCGCCAGGCUGGAGUGCAGUGGCGCAGUCUCGGCUCGCUGCAACCUCUGACUCCCUGGUUCAAACGAUUCUCCUGCCUCAGCCUCCCGAGUGGCUGGCAUCACCACGCUCAGCUAAUUUUUGUAUUUUUAGUAGAGACGGGGUUUCACCAUGUUGCCCAGGAUGGUCUCGAUCUCCUCACCUCGUGAUCCGCCCGCCUCGGCCUCCCAAAGUGCUGGGAUUACAGGCAUGAGCCACCGCGCCCGGCCCCAAUCAUCUGUUUUUAAACAAACGUUUUUGAGCAGAUAGCUAUUCCUUCCAGAUUUCUGUGUACCGACUCUGUUUCAGGAGCUCUUCUAGGUAAAGCUGAGAUCACAGGAACAGCAGGUGACAGGCCUAGCUAUAGUUAGGAAUACACAAGCGGUAAAAUGGAGUCCUUACAGCCAUACCACAAGGUACAUCCAUUUGGACUACAAGAAGAGCUUCCUUUAAAGUUCCUAUUUCAGCAUAAAGAGGCUGUCCUUUUUUUUUGAGGAAUGGUUUGGACCUUGUGCCUCCUGUGGGAGGCUGAGGACUGCAAGAGGAGAGCUAGCAGAUAUGCCUGUUCACCCCUCUCUGGUACUUGUGGCUUGCUAGUAUGUUUUUAUGAUAAUCUCGGGCAUUGUUUGCAUUGUGUUUAUUAAUAGGGUUUUGUUUUUAUUGUUUCCUUUUUUACAGUAAAGGCUGAAUUACAUAAA